AUGCCUCCGAGAAGGGAUGAUUCCGAAGUUGCACGACUUGUAUCCGAGCAACUCAUGGCUGCACUUCCAAACAUUGUUAGCCAAGUGGCAGCUGGCCUAAAUAAUAAUCAAAACAACAAUCAAGGAUCGGGAAAUAGAGAAUGUACGUACAUAUCCUUUAGGAGUUGUAAUCCGAAGGAAUUUCACGGUACUGAGGGAGCCGUGGGAUUAAUGACUUGGUUAGAGAGCAUGGAGUCUGUGCUCCAUAUUAGCGAAUGUGUCGAAGGGAAGAAAGUAGAGUUUGUUGCAUGUCUAUUACAUGGACGAGCAUUAACUUGGUGGAAUACCCAAGUACAAACUCGGGGCCGAGAAGCCGCCAACGGUCUUACGUGGGAAGAUUUUAAGAGGAUGAUGAAAGAAGAAUAUUGUCCAAGAAGCGAGAUCCAGAAACUGGAAGCAGAAUUAUGGAAUCAUGAAAUGAGAGGAAAUGAUAUAGACUCUUAUACUGCACGUUUUCAUGAGUUGGCAAAAAUGGUACCGCAUCUAGUGACGCAUGAAGAGAAUCGAGUUGAUAGAUAUAUUUGUGGAUUAUCUCCGGUGAUACAUGGGAAUGUUAUAGCGGCAAACCCAAAAACCCUACAAGAGGCAGUAAGUUCGGCAACCAAACUCACCAACAAUGCUACUCGUUCGGGAAUGUUUGUAAAAGAUAAGACUUAA